CUCUUUCCAUCGUUUGGGUUCACGCAAGAACAAGUGGCCUGCGUCUGUGAAGUCCUUCAAAACAGCGGCAAUGUCGAAAGGUUGGCUCGCUUCCUCUGGUCCCUCCCCGCCUGCGACCACCUCCACAAAAACGAAAGCGUCCUGAAAGCGAAAGCUGUUGUGUCCUUCCACAGAGGCAACUUUAAGGAACUCUACAGAAUUCUGGAGUCGCAUCAGUUCUCUCCACACAACCACAACAAACUGCAGUCCCUCUGGUUGAAGGGGCACUACACGGAAGCGGAGAAGCAGCGUGGCAGACCGCUGGGGGCCGUCGGGAAGUAUCGGGUGAGGAGGAAGUUCCCGCUGCCAAGAACAAUCUGGGAUGGUGAGGAGACAAGUUAUUGUUUCAAGGAAAAGUCCAGGACGGUUUUGAGGGAUUGGUACAGCCACAAUCCCUAUCCGUCACCAAGGGAGAAGAGGGAACUUGCUGAAGCUACUGGGUUGACCACUACGCAGGUCAGCAAUUGGUUCAAGAACAGAAGGCAGCGAGACAGAGCAGCAGAAACUAAAGAG